UCAACUAGAAAGCCCAAAUUAUAAGAAUCUAUCUCGAGAGAGCUUGGAUUGGCUUGUUUACUUAAACCGAAGUUCUCUACCCCCAAAUAAAUAUCUCCCUUCUGUUUUGAAAGGCCAAAAUGGCAGCCAGUCAUCUUAUCAAGACAUGCCCCGCUAUGCUACAUUUCCAAGAGGUAUGUCUUCCCCAGCAGAAAUGUCCAAAUCCUACUCCCAGCAAUCUGUCGAAGACAAUGAUAUAUCUUUCAUGUCUGGGUCAGUGUCGGCCCCAUUGAUUAGGCGUAUGUCUUACCAACAUGACCUCAUUCCUCCAACAUCACCUGAACAAAUAGCUGAAAGUGAACGGAUGUUAAAGGAAAUGGAAGAUUACAUGAGAAAGGAAAAUAAUGACAGCAAAAUGGCCAAGUUUCCUAUGCAAGCGGUGUCCUCAGCACCAGACAAUUCUGAUAAAGAUGACGUUCCACAGCAGACACUCAGCAGACAAGCAUCACAGUCAUCAAUUCUCUCUGAUUCUUCACACAGUAGCUAUGAAAGCAAUCUGGGAUCCAAUGAAAGUCUUGUGUCAAGAAUCCAAAGUUUCCCUGCUCGUGUUGCAAGCUGGAAGGCUGCCAUGGCAAAAAAUCCCCCCGUUGUCUCCACAUCCCCAUCAUUCCCCAGUAAGAAACUUGUCUCAUCAAUAUCUUUACCCUCCUCCCCACUUCCACAAGAUGAUAAUGUAUCAUUUUCUCAUUAUUUUGAUUCUGACAAGAACCAUUGUCCUUCUCCUCCACCAUAUCUAGAAACUAGAAUUAGUUGCUCAUCACCAACAGAUGGCUCUGUCUUUAGAAACAGCGCAUCACCUCUCACAUUUUAUCCGCCUUCUCCUCGGAUAAGCAAUGCCUCAGCAUCUCUUCGUUCUUCUCCUGUUUUCGAUUCUAGUUCUACAUCUUCAACUGCAGAGAAAGCAGCUGAAGCUGCCACUAGUUAUCCUCGUAAAAGUCUGACUCAUUUAGCCCCCUCGUAUACGUGGUCAGGAGCUUACAACAGACACAUGUUUGCUGAGCCGUAUCGUUCACCAAUCAAAAAACACUGUGUCACUAAUUCCCCUCCCCCUCGACGUAAAAUGGGCAGUGCCUUAGUUCUUCCAAUAUUCUCAUCUCCUACAAUCCGUCGUUCCCCUUCACCUCAGCCAUCAAAUUCUGGUACUAUUGAACCAUUAAUAGAAGUUCCUUCUCCCCAAAACGAUGAAGAAUUUGAUGAAUCUGUCGAAGAUACUCUCUCCUCAACCACAGAAACAGAAACUCCUACAAUUUCCCAAACGACUGUCAUUGCCGAAGAGAACGAACCUUUGUCUGCAGACAGCUGUGACUCACCCACAGAAAAUUCAGUAGAGGAGCAUCCAGUAACAUCACCCAUUAGUAACCCACCAAACGAAACUUUAGAGGAGAAAGUUGAUCAUUCUGCAAAUGAUCAAUCCUCAUCAAAACCUUCUAAUACACCUUUACCUCCUGCAAUUCUUCAAGACAGCAAUGCUCCUAUUAAAGAUGAUGCUAAUUGCUUUUCUUGCAAAACAUCUGAUAAGCACAAAUUCUUUUCUCCUGGCAGUUCUCUGCCCUGUCUUAGUAAUCAUUCUUCUGAUAGUUUCCAUUUGUCAGUUCCAGCUUGUAAAAGUAAUUCCAGUAGUUUGAGCAGAUUAAAUGAAGUAGAUUUAAAGCGGUUUAAUUCUUUGCAAAAUUGUUCGGCAAUGAAUUUUGAUAGACAAGUCAAACAUCCUAACUUAAAACUUGAACGCAAUUUGAGUUUAGCUUCCUUACUCGAUAACCAGCAUGACCUCAAGAAUCAGAGAAACCAAAGAAAGAAAUACGAACGCUGGAAUUCACUCAAUGCUCUUCAUAACCCUACAUCGUUGAAUACACCAGACAUUUCAUUGUGGCAACGACAAGAGCAAGAUGAUGUUUUUGAGAAGUCUUCUGGAUCUCAUGGAAACCUCAAUGAUUUGUCUGGUAAAGAAUUAAAGAGAGAUCUGUGUUUGACACCAUCGGAUUCAGCUCUUUCAAUGCAAAGUGAAAAUCUUGGGCAAGUUUCAAAGAACCAAGAUCAUUUCUCCAUCAACCGACACAGUACUUCUGAGUGUUCUUCUCUUUCUUUAGACACUCUUGAUUCCACUGACAUGUGUAGGGACUCUGCAAUUUAUUGUGAUAUUGAACUGGAAGCAAGCCCUGUCCUGGAGUGUCCAUUACCACCAAAAUCUUCCAUUAAAGAGUAUGUUCAGUAUUUAGAAGAAAAAAAUAAAACUGACAGUUCCCCUAAGGUGAAAGGAAUGAGAAAAAGAGCGCCAAGCCAGAUGAUUCGGCAGCGUCUGCACAGUCUGCAAGAGAAUUCCAAGUACAAGACUUCUCGAGCCAAAAAAGAACCAGAAGAAUUUAAGGAACUCUCAAAAUGUCAUUGCUGACGAUGUUGUUUAGCUCCAGUUUAACCCUGAUUAAGCAGACCUAUGAUCAAAGGUAUUCAAGAUGUGACCGGACUGUCUUUUUGCUAUAUAUGUAGAACUAUAUUCUUCUGUUUCUUUAACUUCUUCUGUUACCAUUUUUCUGUUGAAACUAAUGAAGAAUUAAAAUAUGUUUGUCUUAAGUAAACUGGAGUUUUGGAUUUUAAACUAAGAAACUUUGGAUGUAAGAUUUUAAUUUAGAUCACUUUAAAAAAGAGUUUAUAUGUCUUAGAAGUAGGAACUGUUUCAGGAAAGUUGAUAAUGAAAGCUUUUAGAUGGUAGGGGCUGAUUUGUUGCUGUUUCUAGCAAGUUGAUUGACCACAUAGAAGCUCUGUCUAUGACUCGUUUUCAGCAAAGUGUUGUAUAAAAUACAAGAAAUUCAUUCGACUCAAUGUGUAUGAGUUUCAAUCAGUGAAAUUGAAAUAUUACAGAGGAACAUUUAACACCUUUACACACAAACCUCCUCUUGUUGGUUACAAAAAAAAAAACAAAAAAAAACAAUAUAUUAUGUUUGGGUGUAGAAAUAGC